AUGCGUUUUGUCAUGGAGCGCUGCGAGCGCGGCCGCGGCCGCCGCCCACGAUGGGCGAGUCAAGGUCUAGAGUUUCUCAUGCUCGCCUGUGAUCCGUACAAUACGAAACAUUUGAGCGACGAGGAGUUUGAGGAGCUGAAGCAGCUGAUGGACGCGUGUAUUUCGCACGUGAUCGGCUCGCGGCCCGCACCGCUCGGCCCGCCGCAAGCCCCGUCGAGCGCCACGCUUCACACCGAGCCGUCGCGCCGCGUUCGCCGAGCACUGCACAGCCCUCUGUCGAAUUCGAACGGUGCCCAAAGCCCGUUGUACAAGGAGGGUGCAGCGCCAGUCACUCCACCCACCGAAUGUAACGCGCCCAGCUCCCAGCCGGAAGAAGUUCCAGGUCAUAACGGAUCCAGUGCUGAGGGCUGGAAUAGUGAGACCAGCGAUUACAGCAGACGAGUGGCGGAAGCUGUGCGGAGGCUGGAUGAAGCUCGUGAUGAGACGUUGCGGAGCAAGCGAGCUGUUGGUCGCGUUCUUCAAUCCGCUGUGGCCAGCUACGAGCCCAAGCUGCGGCAAGUCACCUUCAAAUGGCAGCGCGGGCUGAAGAUUGGAGCAGGAACAUUUGGGAAGGUGUACACGGUGGUGAACACGGAGAGUGGGCAGCUGCUUGCCAUGAAGGAGCUGAGCGUGUGUGCGGGCGACCGACGGGCGCUGCGCCGCGCCGCCAACGAGCUGCGCGUGCUGGAGGGCGUGCUGCACCCGCACCUCGUGCGGUACUACGGCUGCGAGCUGCACCGCGUGCGUUGCACACACAUUGCACUCUACUGCACACGUGCUGCACCCGCACCUCGUGCGGUACUACGGCUGCGAGCUGCACCGCGUGCGUUGCACACACAUUGUACACUGCUGCACACGUGCUGCAACCCGCACCUCGUGCGGUACUACGGCUGCGAGCUGCACCGCGUGCGUUGCACACACAUUGUACACUGCUGCACACGUGCUGCAUCCGCACCUCGUGCGGUACUACGGCUGCGAGCUGCACCGCGUGCGUUGCACACACAUUGGCGCUCUACUGCACACGUGCUGCACCCGCACCUCGUGCGGUAA